UAUACAUAUAGCAGCCGCCUAUUGCAGGCUCACUGUCAAGUCUUACUGUUUACUUUUCAAAAUACUUCUUUCUAAUUUCAAAUCAGCCAAUAUGUCUCGUGAUUUUAAAGGAGAAGAAGGGGGUACAAGAAAAUCUAGAAAACGAGCUGCGGAACGGGAAGAACAAUUAGAGUAUAGAAGAACUCAAAUAAUGCUUGAGACCGAGAGUUCGGCAUCAAUUUCAAUCAACAUUUCAGUUCCAUCCAAGGAUGUAGAUGUAGUCAGCGAACAUCAAAACGUAAUGAUCUCCCAAAAUGAAGAUCCUCCAUUAGUCAUGUCGAAUAGUGGUCCAGUUUUGGAAUUUACUAGAGAAAUAGAAACUCAGCCAAGCCAGUAUGUCCAACUAGAUACGGCAUCUGCUUACAUGGAUUCUGAUUCUAAUUUUAGUGAUGACCAUGAUGUUGAAAGUGAAGACCCCCCAUCUGUUUACCUUCCGAUUUUAAGUGUUGCCUACUAUCUAUCCAACAGCUUGACGAAAAAAGCAUUAGAUCAUCAUCUUCAAAUUCUCAACAUAUCCACACAAGGUGUACACAAGCGGCUCACCAGUGUACAUAAUCUAAUGUCAAAGUACAAUCAUUUAAAGUCAGAAGUGGAAAUUACGUAUAUUUCCCGAUCCUUAAAGUGUGAAAAUGUUCUUGUGGUUGGGGACGACAAAUAUCCCAAAGUACAUCAAAGUUGUGGUCACAAACACUUCAAAAACAAAUCAAGUGACUGUAUCAUCAUUGAAAUGCCGAUUGAAAAACAGCUGAAAUAUUUCUUGGAACACCAUGGUCUCUCAUCUGAUACGAACACCCAACAAGAAGAUGGUGAUACUCUGAGUGAUGUUAAUUCUGGAGAUGGUUAUAAAGCUCUUCGAGAUCAGGGAAAAAUUGACAGAUUUACUAUGACCUUACAGAUAAAUGCCGAUGGGGCAAAAUAUUUCAAGACGAGCAAGUAUUCGUUUUGGCCAUUGAUGGCAAUCGUCAACGAAGCCAGUUACAAAAUUCGGCGAAAGUUCGUAAUAUUGUUGGCUAUCUGGGUUGGAAACAAGAAACCCCCCAGAAAUGCAUUCAUGGAAGGAUCCAUCGCAAAGUUGAAGACACUUAAGAGAGAUGGAUUUCAUUACAACGGAAAACUGUACAAGAUUCGAGUUCUUGUUAUCACAGUCGACACCAUCGCUCGCUCUGCCCCUACUAACACUACCCAACACAAUGGAGAUUGUGGCUGUGAUUUUUGCCUUCACCCUGGGCAACAGAUUUUUAAAUGACGUGGAAGCGUUCGAGUUUACCCACAGCCUGACCCAGAAUUUGACGAGGAAAAUAAUCUAGAGCACUUCACUUACUCUCCAAGAUCCUUGGAACAGCAUAUAAGAGAUGUUGAAUUGGCAGUGGAAUCUGGCAAACGAAUCAAUGGGGUGGUUGGCCCAAAUCCUUUUAUGGAUUUACCUGACUUCGAUUUUAUAAAAGCUUUGGUUCCCGACUAUCUACACUCUUGCUGCCAAGGCGUAUUCAAAGGCUACAUCAUUUUGUUUACUUCAAAAGUUGAUCAAAAUGGAAAAAAAAGAAUGGUAUUUGGGAAGAAAAAUGAAAGUUAUCAAGAGCAGACUAAUUGCAGCUAAACCUCCUUACGAAAUUACUCGUACUAUAGAAUGUCUAGAUAUUACUAGUGAUUGGAAAGCAUCCACUUUCCGUACUUUUCAGCUGUAUUAUUUCCCUAUCCUAGAAGAUUUGCUGCCUCACAAGUAUUUUAUUCACUACAGUAAUCUUUCUUAUGGGAUCUACCUUCUCUUACAAAACCGUGUAUCAAGGGAAGAUGUUCUCAAGGCGCAAAUUCUGUUUGAGCAACUUGUAAUUGAUAUGAAAAAACUGUAUACUAAGAAGUCCAUCACAAUUAAUGUCCAUUUUUUGGUUCACCUUUGUCAGUCUGUCCUUGAUUGGGGGUGUUUGUGGUCUACCUCAACAUUCAUUCCUGAAUGGUUUAAUGGAGAAAUGAUGAGCAUGUGUAAUGGCACUCAACAUAUAGGUAAACAAAUGGCCAUUAAUUUUCUAAUUAAAAUGUCCGUUCGUGAUGAAGCGUUGGAUUUGAUAAAAAGCAACAAUCUUCCACAUCACGUCGUUUGUUUAUUGUCAGAAUUACUACAUUUACCAGCACCUAGGGAACUUUCCAAAGGGGUUAAUGUAAACGAUGGUAAAAUCCUUCUCUUGGGAGCUACUACAGGUUACCGCAACCUGACCAUUUUUGAAGAAAUUGCGAUUCGAAAUUAUUCUCCGUCUCUUCGUUAUAAAGAAUUCCCUGAUUCCAUUAAAGGUAUUUUUUAUGCAAGACUUAAAGUCGUGGAAACUCAGUCCAUUUUUACUACUAGCAGUUAUAACCGCAGUCCAAAAAGGAAUAACUAUUGUGCUUUUAUGGAAGAUGGGAAUUUCUUUAAGAUUGAAAGCAUUUUCACGAUUGAGACUGAUAAAAUAGCAAGAGCAUUCAUUGGUGGUAGGAAAUUUGGAACUCAUUCACAAAAAACGUAUGUACCCCAACCAAUUAAAAAAACAAUAUUCUCCGCGAUUCCCGGUAAUACUACUAAAUUGAUUGGCCUCAGUAAGGAACUUUUUGCAUAUGAUCCCAUUAGUAUUAAGGCUAAAGGAGUAUGUGCUAUGAUGAAUGAUUUGACUGAAACCUUUAUUAUCACUGCAAUCGUCAACUCAUUUGAAACUGAUUAAAACAAAUACAAAAAUCCAAAUCUA